AUGAAACCAAACAAAAUGGAAGAAGAAAGAGACUGGCCAACAAGGAAAAGAAUAGCUUUAGGAGUUGGAAGAGGCUUGCUAUAUUUGCACAAACAGUGUGAUCCAAAGAUUAUUCAUAGGGAUGUGACGGCAGAAAAUAUCUUGCUUGAUGAUUAUUGUGAGGCCGUGGUAGGAGAUUUUGGGUUGGCAAAGCUAUUAGACCACAGGGAUUCACAUGUGACAACAGCAGUGAGAGGCACUGUGGGGCACAUAGCCCUUGAGUAUCUCUUUACGGGCCACUCUUCUGAGAAAAUAGAUGUGUUUGGGUUUGGAAUUUUUCUUCUUGAACUGAUAUCUAGCCUAAGAGCUCUUGACUUUGGGAAAGCAGCAAGUGAAGAGAUUCAGGUUCUCCAAGAGCAAAUGAAAGAAGCACAUGCUUCUGAGAUAGAUUCAGUGAGACGACUUUCAUUUGAGACAGAAACCGCAAGAAGGGAAGAGGAAGAAAUGAGAUCCAAAACACAAGAGCUGAAGCAAGAAGCUGAAAAAUGCAAAGCAGUGGCAGAAGAACUAGAGAAGAAACUAGAGCUUUACCUAAAGCAAGAUGAUGGUGCAAAAGCAUCAUAA